AAUGAAACGGAGUUUAAGAACUUGCAGUAACAUUUAAAACAAGAAGAUGGAAAGGAAAUAUUUCCCAGAUUUCGGUGUCUUGGUGCCUCAUCCACCCAGCAAACCUCCAGAGCCCAAGCCUCCAGCUCUAAGUCACAGGCACAGACUCGCUCCAGUCAGAACAUGCUCUGUGAAUGAACAGAUGGGGAUCUACUCAGAUAUUAUAACUAAACACAAGUUCCAGUCUUUAACAGCGGGACCAGGCAUCAAGCAGAGGUCACAGGGACGAUCCAUCGUUCGGUUUUGUGAUCCCAACGCUACAAAGGUUACAACCUUAAAGACUCCAUCUGACCAGGGCAAGCAUGUUGCAAAGCAAAAGCCUGGACCUACCUCACAACAAUCACAGCAAUCACAGCAAUCACAGCAAUCACAGACUUCUUACUUCCCUCGGGGUGGAGAUUCACCCAAGGUCCAGAUACCUUACCAAACAGCUCCUGGACAGGUCCCGCGCAAGUUAGAGAUAGAGAGACGUCGAAGGGAAUAUUUGAAGUUAGACAUUGAACAGCUCCUGGCAGAACAAGGCAUCUAUUCAAAUCUUUUAAUGCCAACACAUCAGAGCAGCAGUGAUGAUCAUGAGACUACAACAGACAAUCCUGUUUCACCCUACUUAUCCCUGGAAGUAUUUGACAAUGAGGAUUUUGAAUGCCGGAAUCCAGGAGACUGGCUUGCCCUGGGCAUUGCUGAAAAAUCACUGGAACAAAAACCUAUCCCUGCAAAAGCUCUGCUGCCUACCGAUGAUGAAAUUAAUUCUGAUGAGCCACAAAGCUCCUCCCUGGAGUACAGCUGGCAUCUAGUCGCUGUUCUUGACUAUAGUAAGGAGAAAUGCCAGUACCUUGUACAGAAAGUUUGCCAGAACAGCCAACUGACAGAUGAAAAAGGUCGUCCGAUUCUAAAUGAAGAACACAAAAAGAGCAAAUCUCCUGCAGGCACAACGUUCUGGGUACCCAGGAUCAGAUUGGUUUUCAGUGCUGAGGACCCACGUGUGUUUGUCAAACGGAUCCAGUUUGCCCUGCGCUGGCAGGAAAACACAGAAGCUCUGCUUCUCUAUCACCUUUCUGUGGACUGCAUGCCAACCUGGAAGGGAACCCCAUCUCUUGAUAGCCACGCUCUCCAGAGUAUUAAAAGAGCCACGCUUUCAGCCCCCGGGCUCGGACAGAAAAUUUUGGAGAAGUGUAUCGGGGAUCUGGAGAAGGAGCUCAAACUGGAUUAUGAGCGGACAAUGAACCGCAUGAGAUUUGACAGAGUUGUGAUGAGAAACCCAGAGGAGUUUUCACACAUCACCCUGCCACAGAAGGGUCCUGAAUAUGUACCCCAAUCAGGGCGUGUUCCAGUUCCCACGUUUCCCUAUGAGAAGUAUAAAACAGCUUUCUUCUUCAAGUCCCUGCUAACAAAGCCAGAGGUGAUCCGUGUGUUAUCUGAAAUCUCGUCUGAGUGCAACAAAGUAGCAAACAUGAGGCUGUUCAAUGUCACCUCGGUCAAACCACUCCGACUCGACGAGUUUGAAGUCAUUCAGGCUCAAAUGCAUACUCAGGUAAGCUUAUUUCUUAGGGAGGGAUGGAUGGUCUCACUGAGCAAUUGCAUCCGAUUCCACCUGCUGAGUUUUGGCCCUGGCACUUACAACGUGGACGAGUCUCACUGGGAGAUGUACAAGAUGUCCAAGCUGUACAGAUUGAUGGCUGUGGUGCGCUACAACCUGCAAGACUCUAUGCGCCACCUGGUGCAGGCCUCGCUGCUCCGCCUGACUCUGCUGCUGUUAACCACCUGCCACAGUGUGCUGACAUGUCCUCAGGACCUGGUCUGGGGGGACGACCUCGUCACUAGCCCAUAUAAGUCAGAAAGGACUCCUCUGUUCCUGUUGGACUUGAUUCUGGAUCAGACUGGGGUUCAUUACAGCACUCCACUCGAGAACUUUAAGACAUCCAUGGUCAACCUGUUCGAUAAGGCCAUUCUGGCCACUUACAAAGUACCUCAGCUUGAUAAGUUUGUAAUGAAGAAGAUGUUCGUCGCUGGGGAUCCAUUGCUUGAGUCAGUGAAUCUUUGGGAACCAGAAGUAACUGCGCUGAGAGAAAAGGUCUCCAAUGCUGUGAUGCAAGGAGUCAUACCUCUCAGGGCCUAUGCUGCUGAGUAUGAGAAAUACUUAGAUUUACACAACCUGGACAUAGAAACCCUUCUCAAGUAA